UCUGUGUAGGGCCUGCUAGGGGGUCAAUCAAAUUGUUGGGGUUCGGAGAUGGCUACGCAAGAUGGUUUAUGAUAACCAAAUGGUGCGCGUAAUAAACAAUUGAGGAAGAUCGAAAGCGGGGUGCGUCGUCUCGGCAGGUAUGCUCGUAUUAAUCGAGCGGUCGCUUCGGAUCGGCGAAGGAAAAGCCUUUCACUCGAAACAUCAUCCUACGCGAUAGGGAAACUUUACGUCACAAAUUUGGUCGCGAAUGGCAGUAUAGUGUUGUGUCGAGGUUAUAAACUUGAAAUUUAGGACGAUACGCGGCUACGUGCAACGACGGGUAUUACGUCUCUGUGAUACUCGACGAAAUUACGAUAUAGCGUGCGCGUUCCCGUCGUGUCGCGACGCGCGAGACACCCUUUGUGAUUUUGUUAAAUUCCAGAAUCCAUCGCGAGUGCGGUGUCUCACCUCGGCGCACUAUUUUUACCUGCGCUUUUUUUAUUUACACGCAUUUCUCUUGUUGCGCGUUUUCGCCGAAUAUUUUAGCUAUCUUUGUAGCAGUUACGUAAUUUCUAACGUGAAUGAUCCCGGUACGAUGACCGAGAGUGAAAUGAAUGAAGACUGUUCCGUGCACGCACGUACUCUAGCACGCUGAUAUAUAUCGAAAUUUUAACCAGUGAAUAACAAUGUGGUAUAAGGAGGUAACGAAUGCUAAUAACAACAAUGGAAAUAUCCUCUAUAGAUUGUGGUAAGGAACAACCUUAUCAGCAAAGAGACAUGUCAGAUUCGUCACAAUAUCUUUACGGCCAUCUCCCUCCUGAUAUUAUGCCAAAGGGACUUCCAAACAAUGGCAUUGGAGGAAGGUUACGCCAACUCGAGGGCCUGUUCAUCGGAGGCCCUGCCCAAGGUGGACGAGUGGGCCAUACCAUUUCCAUCGAGACGCUUAUCGAUGUUUUGCUCGUGUUAUACGACGAAUGCUGUAAUUCUUCAUUACGCCGUGAAAAGACUGUUUCCGAUUUUAUCGAGUUUGUCAAACCGAUAGCCUCGUGUAUAAAGAGCUUGCAAUUGACACGGGAGGACUUUGAAAUCGUUAAGGUCAUCGGUAGAGGUGCUUUCGGGGAAGUAUGCGUCGUAAGAAUGCGCGGCUCGGACAAGGUGUUCGCCAUGAAGAUUUUGAACAAGUGGGAGAUGUUAAAGCGGGCCGAGACCGCGUGCUUCAGGGAAGAAAGGGAUGUACUAGUAUAUGGUGAUCGCAGAUGGAUCACGAACCUGCAUUAUGCCUUUCAAGAUGACAAUAACUUGUAUCUGGUCAUGGAUUACUACUGCGGCGGGGAUUUAUUGACGUUAUUGAGCAAAUUUGAGGACCGUCUUCCCGAAGAUAUGGCUCGAUUCUACAUAGCGGAAAUGGUGCUAGCUAUAGGUUCUAUACAUGACUUGCGCUAUGUACAUCGUGACAUUAAACCCGACAAUGUUCUAUUGGACGCGAACGGUCACAUCAGGUUGGCUGACUUCGGCUCCUGCUUACGACUGUUCGAAGACGGUACGGUGCAAAGUAACGUCGCCGUUGGUACCCCGGAUUAUAUCUCACCGGAAAUAUUGAGGGCGAUGGAGGACGGUCAGGGACAGUACGGCCCGGAAUGCGAUUGGUGGUCUCUUGGAGUAUGCAUGUACGAAAUGCUGUACGGCGAAACGCCCUUCUACGCGGAAUCUCUAGUCGAAACUUAUGGAAAGAUUAUGAAUCACAAGAAUUGUUUUGACUUUCCUACGGACGACAUGUACGAUGUUUCCGAAGAAGCCAAAGAUCUGAUGAGAAAGCUGAUUUGCAGCUCUGAAUUUAGACUAGGCCAAAAUGGAAUCGACGACUUCAAGAAACAUCCGUGGUUCGACGGAGUUAAUUGGGAUACUUUGAGAGACAGUACCGCGCCGUACAUUCCUGAAGUUUCGUCGCCCAGCGACACGUCGAAUUUCGACGUAGACGAUACCGACGUUCGCACUUCCGACGCCGUUCCGCCAGCCGCGAAUUCUGCCUUUUCCGCUCUUCACUUGCCGUUCGUCGGUUUCAGUUUUACACAGGGAAGCUGCAUAUCGGAUCUGGGUUGUAUCUCCGCCUUGUCUCAGAAGGACAAGCACGUGCAGAUACUCGAAGAAGAGAACGCCCGGCUGUUGCAAACUAUCGAUGACAUGAAGAAUUCGGGCGUAGCUCAUUCUUCGCCCGACAUCUCUCCCGAUUCCAACAAUGCAACCAGAAAGCUCCGGGACGAGAUUAAUACACUAACGAAACGCAAUUGCGAGUUGGAAUCGCAAUUGAAAUCUAUGGACGUUCCACGCGAGUUACGAACAUUAGAUAACGGCGACAUGACGAAGUUUCGGGAUUUAGAGAAAUUAGUUCGGUGCCUGCGCUCGGAGAAGGAGGAGGCUAUCAAGGACAAAUUAGAUGCGCAGGAGAAACUGAAACUUCAAGACAAGGAAUUAAAGGACGCGCUCACGCAGCGUAAGCUCGCGAUGGCGGAGUACACGGAGGUGACGGAUAAGUUGUCCGAUCUGCGACAACAGAAGCAAAAGCUGUCGCGACAGGUGCGGGACAAGGAGGAGGAAUUGGAGGUCGUGAUGCAGAAGGUCGACAGUCUGCGCCACGAUAUACGAAAGGCCGAGAAGCUGCGCAGAGAGCUGGAGAACAGAGUCGACGAAGCGAUGGCGGAGACCAGCAAGGAGAGGAAGCUACGUGAACGUAGUGAAGAGUACUGCAAGCAGAUGCAGGAGGAGACGGAGAAGAUCAGACAGCGUUCUCUCGGGAACGACGCUAGCGCGAAUCACGCCUUGGCGACGCAAGAGAUCAAUAGGUUAAAGGCGGAGGUUGAGAAGCUCGAGGUGCAGUACAACGAGAACCUGACCCAGCAGCAGGGCAGGUUCAAUCUCGAGAUUCGGAGCCUGCAAGAGCAACUGCAUGAAGCGGAGACCAGGAGGGAGUUGCUGGAGAGAGAGGUGCAGCUCACGAAGGAGAAGUUGGACGCCGCAAGACUGGAGAACAUCACCGACAGCGAGGAGACGAUAAACGAGCUGAGCAGACGUUACGAGAGGGAGAAGAUCAUGUUGGUCGAGGAGAACAAGAAGCUCAUGUUGGAGCUCAGUGAUCUCACCGGCAGCGUCAACAGACUGCAAGGCGAACGGAGGCAAUUGGAGGACGAGUACGAGGAGCUGAGGAACAAGAAGGAAGCUAUCGCGCAGUGGGAGGCUCAGAUCACCGAGAUCAUUCAGUGGGUGUCGGACGAGAAGGAUGCGCGUGGAUAUCUGCAGGCCCUGGCUACAAAAAUGACGGAAGAGCUGGAGUUUUUAAAGCACUCCGGUGGAGUGGGUGGUGUCGGCGGCGGAACCACCAUGGCGGACAAGAACUGGCGCAACCGUCGGUCGCAAAAACUCGACAAGAUGGAGCUUCUGAACUUGCAGAGCUCCCUGCAGAGCGAGAUACAAGCGAAGCAAGCGAUUUCCGAGGAACUCACCAAGACACGCUCGGACAUGAUAGCCUCGCAAAAGGAACUAAGGGAUUUUAAGCAGCGGUUAGACACCAUGUCGCACGAGCUGAAGCGGAAAGAUAUGCAAGUAAAAGAAUUGCAAGCGCGUCUUGAUACCGGGGAUGGCUUUUUAGAACGUCCUACGUCGCAGAUGUCGUAUCUCGAACACUUUCUCAAAGAGACAACAAGUAGUACGCGUCACGGAAGUGUCGACAGUGUAGAAGGUGACAUCGAAGACAAUCGUGCACCUAGUAUUACGAGCAGCAAAAGUAACUUGUCCGAGCUUAGUAUUGACCCAACAUCGCCAUUGUCCCAUGAACUUCUGAACAAGUCUUCAUCCUCUCACGGCCAAGCCAAUCUGCAACCAAAGCCGAAGUCGCACCAGUUUCUCGUACGAACAUUUUCAGCGCCCACCAAGUGUAAUCACUGCACGUCCUUGAUGGUCGGAUUAACGAGGCAAGGAGUCGUGUGCGAGGUGUGCGGCUUCGCCUGCCAUAUGCCUUGUUGCGACAAAGUACCGCCGAUGUGUCCCGUACCCCACGAUCAAACCAAGCGACCAUUGGGAAUCGAUCCUACGCGUGGGAUAGGUACUGCCUAUGAAGGUUACGUCAAAGUGCCAAAAAUGGGUGGUGUCAAAAAGGGCUGGGUGCGCCAAUUCGUCGUGGUCUGCGACUUCAAGUUAUUUCUCUACGACAUCUCACCGGAUCGCAAUGCUUUGCCAUCUGUAUACGUUUCGCAAGUGCUGGACAUGCGAGACGAAGAGUUCAGCGUUAGCUCCGUUCGUGAUUCUGACGUAAUACACGCUACAAAGAAGGACAUUCCGUGUAUAUUUAGGAUAACUACAUCGCUGUUGGAGCCUCCUGGAUUAAGAAAUCACACGUUGAUGUUGGCAGAUACAGAGAGCGAGAAGACAAAAUGGGUAGUAGCUUUAAGUGAGCUUCAUAGGAUCCUAAAGAGAAAUAAUCUUCCAAACACAACGAUUUUUAGAGCGAAGGAAUUAUUGGACAAUACCUUGGCAUUCAUUAAAAAUGUUAUGUCAGGAGCGAUUAUUGAUCCGGAUCGUCUAGUCAUUGGUACAGAGGAAGGUCUCUUCUGUUUAGAUUUAGACCGUAGUGAAAUUGCAAGAGUCGGUGAAGGAAAGAAGAUAUAUCUUCUCGAGUACGUUACUGAAGAGCAAUUGAUCGUGGUGCUGAGCGGAAAGCAACGUCAUGUACGACUGGUUCCAGUACGUGCCUUGGAUGGGGACGAAGUCGAGUGGAUUAAAGUCGCGGAGACCAAAGGAUGCAUUACGUUAACGACAGGAAUAGUGCGCCGCAAUCCGCUUACUUAUUGCUUAUGUGUUGCAAUAAAGAAACAAAAUGCGUCGCAAGUCAUUAUUUACGAAAUAACACGCACGAAAACGAGACACAAGCGUAUACGCGAGCUGAUGCUGCCGUGUCUCGCGCAAACCUUGCAAGUCCUCUCCGAGGGGCGCCUGUGCGUCGGCUACCCGUCUGGUUUUUCCAUUUACAGCAUCUUGGGAGAUCAUCAUACUAUUUCUUUGGUCCAUGCCGAGAAUACUCUUCUAGGUUUUCUCACCUACAGCGCCGUGGAUGCCUUACGUUGCAUCGAGUUGGCGCGCGGUGAGUUUUUAUUAGUCUUCCAUACGCUAGCGGUAUACGUCGACAGUCAAGGGAGGAAGAAUCGAGACCGAGAGAUUAUGUAUCCUGCAGUUCCUACAGCAGUCAGUUAUUGCGAAGGAUAUCUAUUAGUGUAUAGCGAGACCCAUAUCGACGUGUUCGACUGUACAUCCGGCGACUGGUUGCAAACGCUCAAUGUGAAACGCGCCCGACCGCUGAACAUAUCGGGCUCCCUUACGUCCUGCGUGAUAAACGACAUGCCGCAUGUCAUUUAUCUGAGCAACUUGCAUCAACGAGAACUACUAAAUCUAACGCCACUGGAUGCGAGCGGUAGACAAAUGACGAGGCCACGGCGUAGGUUCUCCUUGAGAGAAGGGAAUCGAGCCGCUCGACCUACCGAUAGACGCUCGAAGAUGAUUUCCGCACCGACAAAUUUCAAUCAUAUCAGCCACAUGGGUCCAGGCAACGGGAUUCAGAUACAGCGUUUAUUAGACUUACCCACGACACUAGAAACCGCCGAUCAACAACACACUAGCGGUCAUCACAGUAGUUCUCAUCUGCACAGUAGCCAACAAAGAGUAAGUGAUCUAUAUGACUCCGCACUCCAGACACCGAGCAAACCAGCACCGCUGCCUCCCAGGCAUCCCCCUUCCGAUACACGUCGCUUGAGUUCGCAUAUGUCGAGAAACUCUGGAUACUCGCCGCACAAUGGUUCAACGACAUCACGAAGAGGCCCCGCACCACCACGACCAACCGCCACACCACCGUCCUUACCACGUACUCCGGUGGACCAAAUCGACUCCGAAUCGGUGCACUUGCGUUCACACACACCUCUCUCUCUCGGCAGUAUCGCAUCUUUACAUAAUAAGGAGCAUCCAUCCGGUGGAAGCCCCAGACACUCGAUAGCUUCGAACAACAGUUCAAACCCAUCGACACCACCGAGCCCCGCCCACGAUCAUGGAUCAUCGUCGUAUGAUUCAUAAAUUUAUUUAACGCUUACGGAGACCUAGUUAGACGGUAUGUAUCUAGCGCAUACUCGGAAAACGAUCUAUUUAUCAUACACACACACACACACGCACGCACACGCGUACACACACACACACACACACACACACACACACACACACACACACAUUAACUAUGCGCGCGCGUCCCUAUAUAUAUAUAUACAUAUACAUAUAUAUAUAUAUAUAUGUAGAAUGUUUCGGGACAACGUCGGCCUCAAUCGUUCGAGAGUUAACGGAGGUUGUGAUGCACUUUUGAAGUGAGAAAAGUCACGUUUCACCGCUGCAAAGAGAGAUAAAGCAUUGCACGAGAGGCAUCAGUAAACUAGGCAACCUUUGACCUCAGUUUUCCGACAGAAUGGCUGUUGUCGUAACGUGCUUUCACACGAAAAAUUAAUCUGAAGUAAUGAGCUCGAUUGUUUUCCACAUUUCCGGUCUUUGACGCGAGGCAAACGUAAAGGCUUACUGCAAACCUGGUGGCCUAAAUAUUGCCUAAUCCAAAGAUACUCUCGAUACUUCGUCGUUAAUCUAUUCGUCAGCCUCGGUCAGCCCCCGAACGUUUAUAACGACGUUAUUUCGAAUCGCAAUAUAUAUAAAUAUGCAUAUAUACAUAUGUUAAGCUCACUUUUACUUUGCUUCUCCAUUCUUCGUCAUUUUUUUUUGUUAAUAAUUUUUUAUAUAAUCAUGAUUAUAAUGAACGGUCAAUGCUGGAAACUUGAUUAACUGGCGAUUCCAUGCUUUAAUUUGUGGAAUUCACGAGCCUAAUUAUGUACAGUCAUAUAUUUAUGUCGUACUUUGCAGAAACAGUGUUCUUGUUUGCUCUUCGAACGGGAAAUUCGAAUCGCGAUAUAUCGUCUUACCGUCGUGCAAUAUGAUUACGCAUAUUUAACGUUAUACAAGAGAUAUAUGUGAGGCAAGCAAGUUAUGAUAAUCAUGCGCUUUGACGAGUAAUACGCUGGCGCGUUAUUCAAUUGUUCAUAUAAACCGCAGUAAACCUUAACGAAAUGCAACGGUACGUUUAACAUAUACUUCUAAUCUGUUUAAGAGUUUAUGUGUAAUAAUUUAUAUGAUUCACUUAACACAAAAAAUUAUCGCGAUCAUAAAUUAUUGUAAAUAUGUUGUAUACUCGAAGAGAGAUACUUCAGUCCCGCUUUGCGAUGCCAUACUUUUCCUCUUUUUCUUUUCUUUUUUUUGGUAGUCGUCAUUCUCUCUGCGUCGAUGAGAUUGAUUUCGCAUUUUAACGUUUGACAAAACUGGAAUAUCGGUCAAAUUAACUAGCAAUAAAAAUUAAAACACAUUUAAUGUAUUGUACGCGUAUUUUGGACUCUAGGUGAAAUAAUAUAGUAGCUGCGAGCGUAUAAAUAUACUUAACCAAGUCC